AGUUUGAGUUGCAUCCGAGAGAAACCGCUCCGACACGAUUUGAAAAGUGUAUCAAUAUUCAAGAGAUUAAAGAACAUGUUUGAAGCUAUGAAUAUCACCAAAGAUUCUCAGCAGAAAGCCAUGUUGUUGCAUUACGUCGGAGAAGAAACCUGUGACAUUCUCGAAACGCUUAAUGUACCCGAGCCAACCGAAGGAAGUGAUGUCUUCAAGAUUUGUGUCAAAGCCCUUGCAGAAUAUUUUGAGCCACAGAAAUGCAUUGAUCAUCACGUUUAUGUAUUUCGACAACAAACGCCGAAGUCAGGUGAGAACAUUACUGAAUUUUAUACUCGUUUACAAUUGCUUGCACGAAAGUGUGAAUUUUCCGACUCUGAUUUGGAAAUAAAACGUCAAAUUAUUCAAGGCACUUCAUCACUUAGACUGAGACGAAAAUCAAUUGACCAAAGUCUUACCCUAGAAAAUGUGCUCAAAACUGCACGAGCCAUGGAGACUGCUAAUGAGCACACUAGUGAAAUGGAAAACAGCAUUCAAAUGCAGUCGGUAAAUAUAAUCCUGCUAAGUUUACUGAAUCUAAGAAAGAUCCUAACCAAAGGAAAGUGCCUCGCAAGACGAAGUGUGGACUGUGUGGUGGUAAUUAUCCACAUCGGGGUAAAUGUUCUGCCCAAGGGAAAAGUUGUCACAAGUGUGGAAAAUUGAAUCAUUUCUCUAAGGUUUGUCGUAGUAAAUUUAAUUAACAAUCAAUUUAAACCACCAGUGGGUAAAGAGCAUGCUAAAACUGUAACAGCAGAAAACCAUUUUAGUGAAAUAAGUCAUGUUAAAAAAUCUGACAGUGAUAACAGCGAAGAAUAUACAUUUACCACUGGUGCACAGGUAAACCAACUUAGUAAACCUAUUUUUGAAGUACAAAUUGGGAACACUCCAAUUAGAAUAAUGGCAGAUUCAGGAGCAACAGUAAAUAUACUGAGUGAACAAGAUUUCAAUUGUCUUGUACCAAAAUCCCAAAUAUCAGAAACCAAAACCAAAGUGUACCCCUACAUGAGUGAAAAGCCAUUAAAUCUGUAUGGCAAGUUUGAAGCAAAAAUUUCAAGUAAACUGGGCUCAUCAGAGGAAACAUUUUAUGUGGCGAAGGGUUCGUCAAAUUCUAUUCUUAACUGGUCAACGUCCCAAAAACUAAAUAUAAUCAAAGCAGUCAGUGUUAUUAAUCAACCAGAUCCAAGUUUACCACUCAAUGCACCUAAAUUUAUUAGGGAUUUUCCCAACCUUACCAGUGGGAUGGGUCAUUACAAAGGGGAACCAGUACGUAUACAUGUAGAUGAAACUGUUAAACCAAUAGCAUUAACACAUCGCCGUAUUCCGUUUCAUGUUAGAAAACAAGUGGAGAAGAAACUAGAGCAACUCGAAGAUGAAUGCAUAGUAGAACGUGCCGAAGGCCCCACCCCUUGGGUUUCACCGAUAGUAGUUGUACCAAAGCCUCAUAAACCCGUUGAGAUACGUAUUUGUGUUGAUAUGCGAGCACUAAAUAAAGCUAUUAUGCGAGAGCGACAUAUCAUCCCCACCAUUGAUGAUGUAGUACAUGAUCUUAAUGGCUGUAAGGUUUUCAGCAAAAUUGAUUUAAAUCAAGGCUACCAUCAGAUUCCACUUCAUGCUGAUUCUAAACCACUAACAACCUUCUCAACCCACAUAGGAUUGUUCAGAUAUAAACGCCUUAAUUUUGGACUUUCUUAUGCAGCUGAAAUAUUUCAGAAGAAAGUUAGUGAUGCAGUUCGUGGUAUACCGUGUGUGAAGAAUAUCAGUGAUGAUAUUUAUAUUGGUGGCAUCGACAAUGACGACCAUGAUCGACGUCUAAAACAGUUGUUUCAGCAGCUUCAGGACAAUGGGUUGACCAUUAAUCUUCCAAAAUGUCAGUUUCGAGUUCCCACCAUGCUCUUCUUUGGUCAUGUGUUCUCAGAAAAAGGAAUGUCACCUGAUCCCAAAAAAGUUGAAAGUCUUCAACGCAUCAUUCCACCAACCAACGUACCAGAAGUACGAAAUCUUCUAAGCUCUGCAGCAUUCUGUUGAAGAUUCAUCAAAGAUUUCGCAGUAAUUACUAGCCCUCUUCGUCAGCUCACAUGCACAGGAGUGAAAUGGCAGUGGACAGAAGAGGAACAAUCAUCGUUCGAGUCUCCUAAAGCAGCCUUGUCAACGAAGACCACCUUGGGUUACUUUGAUCCAGAGAAACCAAAAUCUAUAUUCGUUGAUGGUAGUCCCGUUGGUCUUGGUGCUGUCCUGACCCAAGAAAAUCCAUCAACAAAGGAAGUAACACUACUACAUUAUGCAAGUUGUCCACGUACUCCAACCCAAGCAAGGUAUCCCCAGAUAGACCGAGAAGCUCUGUCAAUCUUUUGGGCAAUCAAACGAUUCCACCUGUUUGUAUAUGGUACUGACUUCAAAGUCAUCACGGACCACAUGCCUCUCGUUACCUUAUUUAAUAAUCCAUCAUCCAAACCCUCAGCCAGGAUUGAGCGUUGGCUAUUGGAUCUACAGCAAUAUCGUUUUACA